ACUCCCAAAACAAACCCACCAAUCCCGCUUUGAAGUGGAGGUUUCUGGAUGGAAAUAGCCAGCAUGGUGUGGUCGCUGUCCGCUGAGACCCACUCGGUGUUGUCUUCGGGGGAGACGGUCUGUCUUUAAGAACCUCAGUCACAUUCAGAAAAUUUACAAAGUUGAAAAUGGUUAUUAAAGUAUAUUUAGCUUCUUCCUCUGGAUCUACUGCGAUCAAGAAGAAGCAGCAGGAUGUGGUGGGGUUCCUGGAGGCUCUGAAGAUCGAGUACACGCCGCUGGACAUCGCCUGCAGCGAGGAGAACCGCAUGUGGAUGAGGGAGAACGUGCCCGGCGAGAAGAAGCCCACCAACGGCAUUCCGCUCCCGCCGCAGAUCUUCAACGAGGAGGGCUACUGCGGUGACUACGAAACAUUCUUUGAUGCCAAGGAGGACAAUCAGGUCUAUGCCUUCCUGGGUCUGCCACCUCCACCUGGGUCAAAGGAGGCCCUGCAGGCCGAACAGGUCCCCCUUCAGAAUGGGACGGAUCCAGACCAGGAGCCGGAGGACACGCCAGAGGAGUGUAACGGGGUGGAGAAUGGCGAGUCUGAGGAGCUAGCUGGAGAGGAAGCCGCGGAGGAAGGAGGGGAGGAGGUGGCGGGAGAGGAGGAGGAAGACGCGGAGUUGGCGGACGGCGCAGAGUUGGAGGAAGACGCAGAGGAAGCCGAAGAGGAGACUAGGAAGGAAGCUAGCGAGGAAGAAGGAGAGGAAGGAGAGGAAGAGGAGGAUGUAGAAGAGCAAGAGGCCCAGGAGGAAGAUGAGCAGCCAGUUUCUGAGGAGGAGGAUCAGGCCGGUUCUGAGGAGGAAGAGGAUUUGAUAAUCUCUGAGGACGAAGAAGAACUGCGAGAGCUUGAGGAGCCAGAGGAGCCGCAGAGUGAGGAAGAAGAGGAGGCCCCAGUAACUGAGGAGGAAGAAGAGGAGGGAGCAGAUGCAGAGGAUGAAGAAGAUGAGUAGUCUACCUGGCAGGAUUUUUGCCUCUUCACACACUUUCAAGCUAGGCGAACCCCCUCCGCCCCCUCCUGCCCCUCCAAUGAAGUGCUUCCGGACCCUUCCCCAAGACCUCGCCCAUGGGCACUGCCCACUAGUAACCAUCCACCAUCUGGCUGAACAGUGUGCCCCCUGCCAA